GAGCGAGACCAACGCAUAUGGUAAUUUGGCUUAUUUUGCAAUUUACGUGCAGAAGAUCCAAACGCAGCCCUCAUUUUCUUCACCGGGAAUUCACCACUGACUUAAAUAUGUAUGGAAGGGACCGCUCACCGACUCUUCAAAGUCCCUGCUAGGAUAAGAAGAAGAAGGCGGAGGAAGAGGAGAAAAAGGCUUGCCCACCACAAGCACUAGCACAAGCACUAGCACUGGGAGACCCACAAACACCCACACAGAGAGAGAGAGAGAGAGAGAAGGUUAUAUACAUACAUACAUAUAUAGAUCUUAGAGAGACGGAGAGAGAUGGAUAAAAGCUGUCAUUCUUCUGGUGAGUCUACCACUACAAGUGCUAACAGCAGCACUGGGACCAACAACAGGGAUGAUCAUCAAUACAGCCAACAGCUCAGGCACCUUAGCAAGAUUUCUCACAAGAUCUCUAAGCCCAUCCGAAGACCCCCGACUUUUGAUCAUCACCACCACCCCCCGCCGCAACACCCGCCUCCUCCUCCUCCUCCUCCUCCCCCGCCGCCGCCGCAACAGCCGCAGGGUCUCCAGCAACAGCAGCAGAACCAGCCGCCAGUUUACAAUAUUAACAAGAGCGACUUCAGGGAGGUGGUGCAGAAACUUACUGGGUCGCCUGCCCACGAGCGCUUCUCGACGCCGCCGCCGAUACAGCCUCCGAAGCCGCCGAGCUCUCGGCUGCAACGGAUCCGCCCGCCUCCCCUGGCGCAGAUUAGCAAUCGCCCGCCUCCCCUGCUAAAUAACGCCCCCCUGGCGCAGAUUAGCAGCCGCCCACCUGGCCCCCUAAACAACGUCAUGCCGCCGCCGAAUAGCUCCAUAACCGCCGCCGGGAGGCCGUCGGCGCCGUUAUCGCCUCUGCCGCCGCUUCCGGCGGUGCACGCGGCGGCCGAAUCGCCGAUCUCUGCUUACAUGCGCUACCUCCAGAGCUCAAUUUCGGCGGCCGAUUCCGACCCCAAGCGAUUCCCAGGGCUCUCUCCACUGUCGCCGCUGGUCUCUCCGAGAUGGAGCAAUUUCGCUCAGCCGCCGCAGAAUCACCAGCCACCACUUCCUCUGCAGCCGCAAAACCCUAUUCCCUCAAACGCAUCGGCCUCCUUCCAAAUUCCGACAUCUCCGCUGCCUUUCGGUUGUGUGCCAUCACCGCGGUCGCCGUACCCUUUACUCUCUCCAAGCCUACUCUUUUCGCCUUCGACCGCCGGCCAAUUAGGGUUUCAACAAUUCCCUGUCUCUCCAACGCUGCCCGUGCCAAGCCCGAGGUGGAAAAAUCAUUGAAAGAUGAAAAGAAGGUAAGAAUUAGGGUUUUUUUUUUAUGGGUUUGUUGCAUAUAUCUGUAUUUAUAAAUCUUGGGGGAUGGGAUAGAUAUUCAAUUCUCAUAUGUGGAAAAAGAAAUGGUAGAUGACGCCCUGAACUUGAACUGUAAAUGGUUGUUAUAGAUAUGUGAGAAAAAAAAAAAACCCUAGGUUGGUUUUCUUUUUUGCUUCUUAUUUAUGUUCCUUGAUUGGAGAUUUGGGGGAGAGAAAUGUUAGAAAUUCUUUAGUUUUGGUUUGAUAUAGAGGCUAGUCCUUGGUAGUUCCUUUCUUCAGGCAUGGUCAUGAACUUUGUAAUUCCUUUGUAUUUGAGCAAGUACUUCAGAUCAGUCUAGACAUGUAUGCUUAAAGUCUUAGCUUAUAUUGGAGAAGUGAAAUUACAUUUGUAGUUCAUUGUAUAAUUUUUGGAUUGGAUUGGAUAUUUUCCAAACAUGUGAUUUACUAGACUUUUGGGUAUUUUCCAUGUGUUGUGUGAUCGGUCAGCCAUUAGGCAUGUCAAUGCUCACAUUGUUGGUUUUAAAGCGUGUAGAAGAAUGAAAAUUUUGUUGGUUAGAUCAUGCAUCUUCAAUGAAGUAAGUGAAUAUGAAUAUGAUGGUUAAUUGAAUUCAGUUUGUAAAUCCUUGAAGCCUGUGGUACUGUGGUAAAAUUACGUUGCUGCUUCCAACCGACAUGGCACGUGCAUUACCUGCACCCUUAAACAGGUGCAAAUUGAUCCAAUGUGACGGCAGUGACCGGUGAUGAUAUGAUGACAUGCCUGUAAUAGUGAGUUUCCAUUUCAUAUCCUCUUGAAGUUAAACUUCUUGUUUAAAGUCAUUCAGUCCUGCUGGAGGUUGUCCAGAGCUGGAGGGUAUCUUCUUAUAUUGGUUAUAAACUCUCUUCGACACAUGAAUAUUCUAGUUGGGAUAACAUUGUUGUAGAGUGAAUGCAAUCUUAAAAUACA